CGGUUCCCCCGGCCAUUGCCGAGGACACUUUACAUACUUGACCACUUGCGGGCCGGCCCAUGAACACUCACAGACGUCCCAUUACGCCGACCAGGAUAAAUAUCCCACCCAUUACCACGGUCCCGAGCUCUCGGGUACCUUCUCUCACCCGCACCAUCAACUUUUUUUAAACUUCCAUCCUUCUGUGUUCAACAGUUCCCAACAGCAUGGCAGAGGUCAAAGCACCACCGCUCUCCGGCGGUCCUCCUCCGGAAAAAGCGGCCGGUGACCCUACUCUACACGGUCACGGCGUCGUAGCUGUCGAGGCAAAGCACGCGUCGGACAAGGAGCACCAGAUGUCACUCUUCCAAGCCAUCAAACUUUACCCGAAAGCCAUCGGCUGGUCAGUGUUAGUGUCAUCCACCAUCAUAAUGGAAGGUUAUGACCUUGCUCUGCUCGGAAACCUCUAUGCCUCACCGGUGUUCAACAAGAAAUUCGGCCAGUAUGAUGCGGCGGCGGGCAAAUAUGUCAUCUCGGCGGCAUGGCAAUCCGGUCUGUCAAACGGGGCGAGAGCAGGGGAGAUCUUAGGCCUCAUCUUUGCCGGCUGGACUUCGGAUCGCUAUGGUUACAAGAUGACCACCAUUGGAUCAUUGAUUCUGAUGAUCUGCUUCAUCUUUGUCUUAUUCUUCGCACCCAACGUUCAGGUCCUGGUGGCCGGCGAGGUCUUGUGUGGUAUCCCAUGGGGAGCUUUCCAGAGCGUGACAGCUGCGUAUGCCUCUGAGGUUGCACCCCUUCCACUUCGCCCGAUCCUCACAACCUUCAUCAACCUGUGCUGGGUUAUCGGACAAUUCUUCGCCGUUGCUGUCAACAAGGGGUCCGUGGAGCGCAACGACGACUAUGCCUACAAAAUCCCGUUUGCGGUCCAAUGGGUAUGGCCCGUCCCAAUUCUGGCCGGCAUGCUUUUUGCUCCCGAAUCUCCUUGGUGGUACGUCAGACAUGGCAGGCGGGAGGAAGCGAAGAAGUCUUUGUUGCGCUUAACAUCGCGCAAUCAGCCUGGCUUUGACGUCGACGAGACCGUCGCCAUGAUCGAGCAUACCAACGAGCUUGAGAAGAAGGUCAAGGACGGUGUUCGCUUCCGCGAUUGCUUUCAGGGCAUUGACCUCCGCCGGACCGAAAUUGUCGUCGGUAUCUGGCUCGUUCAGACAUUGGGAGGGCAAAAUCUAAUGGGGUAUUUUGCUUACUUCCUCACCCAAGCCGGCAUGGACGCCAGCAACUCCUUUACCCUGUCGCUCUGCCAGUACGCGCUCGGCAUCAUUGGGACUAUCGGGUCCUGGUUUCUCAUGUCUCGGGUCGGUCGCAGGACGAUCCAUUUUAGUGGAUUAUGUGCGCAGCUUACCCUGCUGGUUAUCGUGGGCUGCCUGUCGUUCGGCAACACCAAGGCAUCCGUAUGGGCUAUCGGUGCGAUGCUAAUUGUCUUCACCUUCGUCUAUGACUUCGCGGUUGGUCCCGUCACCUAUUCCCUCGUUUCUGAGUUGUCAUCGACACGACUCAAAGCCAAAACCAUCGUGCUGGCACGCGCGGGAUACAACGCCAGCAACAUCUUUGUCAACGUUAUGACCAACUACCAAUUAGGUUCUACCGCAUGGAACUGGGGCGCCCGAACGGCCUUCUUCUGGGCGGGUUCAUGCUUGCUGUCCGCGGUUUGGGUCUUCUUCAGGUUACCGGAACCGAAGGGUAGAACAUAUGCUGAGUUAGACCUGCUAUUUGAGCAGCGGGUGCCGGCAAGAAAGUUCGCGGUAACAAAAAUCGACCCGUUCGCUCGCCCUGGCGAAAAGAGGCUGUCGGGCGAAGUGGUAGAGCACGUGGAGAAAGAGAGGCCCGUUUAAGUCAAAUUGGACGAUUAUGAUUCGGGGGGUACUCAGGGUCUUUCCAUUGGAAGGUCGGUUGUUCUUUUACUCUAAUGUCACAGUUCGUGUUGCAGGGUUAUGUGCAAAGGCGUUGUUUAAUUAGGUAGGUACCCAAGCACCUCAUGGACAAAAAAAGCCGAACUCCAAGUGCAGAUGUCGGUAAUGGAAACUUCGAGUCCUCGGCUGGAGGGAUAUAACGAAAGUUAUCCUGAAGCCUAAAGAAACUCUAUUCACCCUAUUUCCUUUUCUUUUGCCCUCUUCUUUUUAUUUGACUUAGUUUUCUCGAUCUCUUUUCAUUUGUUCUUUUUGCUUGAUUUCUUGCUUUCCUUUCGAGUUCGGCGUUUUUU